AUGUCUCAUCUCAUGGACACCAUACUAGCACUAGGAACGCGCACGACAGUUCAAGGUGGAAGUGGAACAACCGCCCAACCAAGCAGAUACAACUUCACCUGGGAUCACCCAGUCAACAGUCACUGCGUACCCUCCGGGGGGAGAUCACCUACUCCCAGGCCAAAGGAAGCGAUGGCAAUGUUAUACGUGAGCUGUCUUACGCGACCGAGCAGGCGGAAGUUCUACACGCGCAUAUACCGGAAUCGUGAUGCGAUUUCCAAGCUCGUUGCUCAUCACCUCAGCAUCUACCCUUCAGCUUGUCAAGUGGAAGUGGAAGAACCAAAGAAAUGGAUGAGUGGUAGCUUCAACCUCUGCGUCCCUGUCAACGUCAAUACUUUUACGACGCGUAAUCAUGCGUUUUCCUCUUCCCUAUCGCGUUGGCGAGAACUUUUCUUCCUGGCAACGCGGAUGAGAAGCCAGGAGUGUCCUUCAGUCCCAAUACCACAUUUAUACGGAUUUGGUCUUUCAACCGGCCAGCUUUUUACCGAGAGAGAGCAUCUACCGUUUCUCACACGGCUAUGGUAUUUCCUAAAAUGCACAAUCCGAAAGCUGCUCCGACUUCCCCUUCCAUCUCGACUCGUUCAACAUCCAACCACUAUCUCUAACAAACUUGGCCCGUAUUUGCUAUUAGAUUUCAUCGAGGAAGCAGAUGGAAGGAUGCUUUCAGAUGACUGGCGUGACAAGCACGAUGAUGAUCAGACACUACGGAUGAAUUUGUUCCGAAACCUUGCAAAAAUCAUCCUCACCCUCAGCCACAGGCCCUUGCCGAAAAUUGGAUCCUUCACGAUUGAUAAUGAUGGUUUUCUACGACUAGAAAACAGGCCUCUCGCUGCUGCUAAGUCGACAAUUGUGGAAAACGAGGAGACACCUCUUGAUAUCCCCCGAGAUCGUGUGUACCCUACAGUUGACUCUGAUGUUAACGGUAUCUUAUCCGUCCACGAUAGUUACUUACGCUACCAGCCAAAUUCACUCGCUUGUGUUGCAGAUUGUGUCACUCAAAUGUCAGCAUUAUCCAUGAUGCGCGCUCUAUCAGCCCGGUUUCUCGAGCCUGGUCUGAACCAUGGACCAUUUUAUCUUAGCUUGACUGAUUUACACGCAAGCAACAUUCUUAUUGAUGACGACUGGAAUAUCAAGUAUCUGAUUGAUCUUGAGUGGGCCAUUUGCGCAACCAUUGGAAUUCAUGCAGCUGCCUUACUGGCUAACUGGCGAGACUGGGGAUGA